GCGAGGAUAUAUAAACGGGACUCUCCCCCUGUUAAUUCUCUCCCCAUCCCCACGAUGGACUAUCUCGCCGACUUUGUGCCCACCUCCACCAUCUCGGUCAACCCCCCGGGCGGCACCCACACCCACCACCCCCACCACUCCCACCUCCCAGUCCCUACAGACGUCUUCCCCUCCGCCACCCCCCGCCUCCUCCACGCCACCCACAAGGGCCAUGUCGCCGCCUGGGUAUUCACAGCCGUCUUUGCUGCCGGCCUCGCCGCCUCCGUCUUCCUCGUCAGCAGGACCCCAAAGAAGAACCGCCUCUUCCAUGGCAUCUCUUCCGUCAUCUUGCUCGUCUCCACUCUGAGCUAUCUUUCUUUGGCCACCCACAUCGGUGCCGGCAAGUUUGUCCCGAUCUACCACCCUCCCGGCCACUCUGAGCCGCUCGUCCACCUCUUCCGCCAGAUCUUUACGAUCCGCUACAUUGACGCUGCCAUCACCCUCCCUCUCAUCCUUCUCACACUCAGUCGUCUUUCGGGUGUGAGCCCCGCGACGACGCUAACCGUUGUCAUUGCGCAGCUGGUCAACGUGUAUGCGGCCUGGGCCGGGAGUGUGGCGGGCGGAUGGCCUUGGAGCAAGCACGGUAACGGAGCAGGCACCAAGUGGGCCUGGUUUGCGAUCGCGGCCUUGGCCUACUUUGCCAUAUGGAGCGUCCUCUUUGCGCAGGGCCGAAGGGCUGCUGUUCACAGGCUUCGAUCCACCCAGGGUCUUUUCUACCUCCUUUCUGCACAUGUCUUUGUGUAUGUCCUUUUUUCCUACCAUAUAUAUUAUUCUGCUGACUAUUGGAAAGCCUCUCUGCUGGUCUCGGUAUCGUCUGGAUCCUCACCGAGGGCCUCAACGUCAUCAGUGUCGAUGCCGAGCUCAUCACCUAUGGCAUUCUCGACGUUGCCAACAAGGUCGGCUUCACCCACGUCCUUUUGCUCUUGCACAAGGCCGAUGAGGAAGGCCCUUGGACGCUCCCUGACUGGUGGGCGGAAGACCCCGAAAAUGAGGGUGAAGACGGACGAGGCGUCUAUGGCGCUGUCGCUAGUGUUGGUCAAGAGUAAAAAUGGCUCUUCUGAGCUGCUCGCAUUGAACCACGAAAUUGAACAAGCAAGUAAGAAGAAAGAUCAUGAUGUAAGAAAGAAGAAGAGAUGUAAUCAAAGUUAUGAAGAAAAGGAUGCAGUUCGUGUCAUUAUGCAAAUGGAAACGUUUGGGAGUUGAGUGAUUGCAUGCAUGGUACUGUUCGAGAGCCAGAACCUGCAGCUAUCGAAUGGUGGCAGUUUGAGCACGAGGUUUGGAAAGAAAGUGACCCGACGAGAAAAAUACAAGUAGUUGCUGUACUGGGGGGCGGGCAACGAUACAACCGGAGAUAUGGGAGCCUAGGGCAGG